CAAAUCAAAUUUACAUAUAUGAAUCACAUCACAUGCUCUACUUGCUCAAAACUGCUUUCGUUCUGAACCAGAAAGAAACACCAGAGAAGAACCUCGGAGGAAAAAAAACAUGGCGGACGACAACAACAACAGCAAAGAAAGCAGUUCGAAAGAGCCAUUGUUGUCGAAGAAGAAGAAUCAGUACCAUGAAAACUGCCCAGGCUGUAAGGUGGAUCGAGACAAGGAAAUCAACAGAGGCUUACCUGUGAGGCAGCUUCUCAAUAUCUGGAUGGUCACUGUGUGCACCGUGCUGCCUGUAUCCUGUCUCUUCCCAUUUCUUUAUUUCAUGGUCAGAGAUUUUGAUGUUGCAAAAACAGAGGCAGAUAUCAGUUCCUAUGCUGGUUGGUUGGGAUCGUCAUUCAUGUUUGGCAGAGGUUUGACAUCAAUUCCAUGGGGAAUGUUCGCUGAUCGAUAUGGUCGAAAAUAUACUAUAGUUAUGGGCCUUGCUUCAAUUGUAGUGUUUAACACACUAUUUGGCCUUAGCACAAGUUUUUGGAUGGCUGUGAGCACAAGAUUUCUUCUUGGAAGCUUAAAUGGUUCACUUGGGCCAAUAAAGGCUUAUGCCACUGAAGUUUUUCGUGAAGAACACCAAGCUUUAGGACUCUCAACUGUUAGUUCAGCUUGGGGCAUAGCUUUAGUCAUUGGUCCAGCACUGGGAGGCUAUCUGGCUCAGCCAGCAGAGAAAUAUCCACGAGUAUUUCCAAAAGGUUCCUUUUUUGAUAAGUUUCCAUACUUCUUGCCCUGCUUUAUAAUAUCAGCCUUCGCACUUGCUGCAUUAGUUGCCUGCACCUGGAUCCCGGAAACAUUGCACAACCACUAUGUUGGUGAUGAGUUCAAUAAGGAUGAAGAAGCUAUAGAAAAUGAAAUCACAGAAAAGAGAGUUCAGAGAAAUGAAAACCUCCUCCUGAAUUGGCCAUUGAUGUCUAACAUCAUUGUUUAUUGUGUUUUCUCACUGCAUAGUACGGCUUAUAGCGAGGUUUUCUCUUUAUGGGCUGUCAGUCCUCAGAAGUUGGGUGGUUUGGACUUUACAACUGAUGGUGUUGGUAAUGUUCUUUCAAUAGCAGGUGUUAGUCUGUUGCUCUACCAAAUCUUCAUUUAUCCAUUUUUGGAGAAGCUUUGUGGACCUUUGAGACUUUCACGCAUUUCAGCGGUUAUAUCCAUACCUGUCUUGCAAAGUCACCCAUUCAUAGCAUUGUUAUCAGGCUUUACAACGCACCUGUUGAUAACUAUUGCUUCUGUCCUUGUGUUUUGUCUCUCUUCAACCACUAUUACUGGUUUAUUCCUUCUGCAAAACCAAGCAGUGGAACAACACCAAAGAGGAGCAGCUAAUGGUAUUGCUAUGGCCGGUAUGUCAAUUUUCAGAGCAGUUGGCCCUGCUGGAGGUGGUGCAGUAUUAACUUGGUCACAAAAGCGGUUAGAUGCUUUUUUCCUCCCAGGUCCUCAGAUGGUAUUUUUUAUGCUGAACCUAGUGACAGCACUUGGAGUGCUGAUGAUGUUCAAACCAUUCCUGGCUGAGGAAAAGACAACCCCAUCACAACAGACACAAUGAUAUCACCAAUAAUAUGUUGCUGUUGAAGAGUGAAGCAAGCAUAUAGAAAGAAGGCAAAAGCAGAAAAAGAGAGAGAGAAGUGGAAAGAGAAGGACUCAUCUGCUUUUUCUUGUGAAGAGUAGAAUCAUGGUGACUGCAUCAGCAUUUUGGUUAUUCAUGUUAGUCAUGAAUCCAAUAAGUUGUCUACUUAAUGGCAAUUUAUUAUAUGCAUGUUUUGGUUAGUUGUUAUGUUGACACUAGCUACUCAUUUCACUUUUGACAAUUUUGUAUCUUGAAUGUAACAGUGAAUCUCAAGUUGGCAAUGUGUUUGGUAAUUUGUAUAAACUGUUUUACCGGAGGAUUUGAAUUUAUAUUGGAGCCCAUGAAAUUUUUCAUCA